AUGGGAAGAUUUUACCUCAGGAUUUUAGCAUUCAGUGGGGGAGUGAAUUGUGCAGGAAGCUUUUUUCCCUGCUGCUGCUCGAUUACGGGACAGGGUCACGAUCGAUUAGUACUGCAGGGGAGGGAGACCGCUGGAAUCGCCAGGGGGGUGGGGUCCUGCGGCGGCGGCUCCGAAGCGUCCUCUCCUCGCUUCGCGUCCUCGCAGCGGCAGGCGAUUGCCCUUACCCUUCAUGUAAAACAAUCGAUUAUCGCGGGGGGGGGGAGGAGGAGGAGCAGGAGGAGGGGGGCGCGAGAGCGGCUCCGAGGAGUCGGGAGGCGUUUCAGUAAUCGGCGAGUCUGGAUAUUACGGAAUCUCUUGUCCCCGGCCGCCUCCUGCUCGCUGCCGCAGCCGGUGCCUCCCUCCCCUCCCGGCCGCUGCCGAGUCCCGUCUCCCCAGGACAGAGCCGCUGAGCGAAAUGACAACCAGCUGGAAGGAGGCAGCGCGGCACUUCCGGUUUUGGGGGGGGGGGGAGGAGGCGGACACACCUCCUGCCCCGCCUCCCUCGCGUCUCCUCAGGCGGAGGCCGCGCCCCCGCCUGCUUUACAAGCCUCUUCCUGGCGACGUCACGAGAGGCAAGGAGGGCGGCCGCCAUUUUUGGUAGGGGCACGAAGGUGCCACUCCCACCGUCGGCUUUGUGGUGGGCAUUCGUCCCUGCUUGGUGGCCAUCUUGGAUUAGGGCACGCAUCUGCUAGCUGCCAGCAGGACGGCCAUCUUGGACUGAAGAAAGCAGUCACUCUGUUAUCAUCAUCAUCAUCAUAGAUGCAGAGUUAACAAGCACUUCUGUCAAGAAGCAAUGAACCUGGCUCCAAUAAUGUAUUGUUGAAUAAACAGUUGGAAAAGGACUGCAUGGAUGGCCUUCAUUUAAAUUUAGGCACACCCUUGCAAUGCAUUAGCAUAAGUGCUGAUCAACUAGUGAUACAAGUAGAACUUCCAAACUCUGAUGUUAAUCACCUUGCAUGACAAACAUGGUUUCUUGACACGAGCUACCUGAUGGAGGCUUCUCAACGGGUGAUAUUUUGACGGCAUCGGCUGCCCAGCAGGAUUUGCGUCACUUUAUACAAUCUUUUUAAGGAAAAUUGCACAAUGAUAUAGAAGAGACUGCAGUCAUGACAUGUAAUUACAAAGAAGAAUAAAUCACUAAAGAAAAUUA